CUCCGCCCUCAUAAAGCGCAUGCGCAGUCACCCUUUCCAGAGAAGUCGGCUGAAAAGUUAGCAGGAGGUAAAAAGAAAAGUUUUGCGAGACAGCAUGUCGGGGACCGCGAACGUGUCGGCUAUGAGGAAGAUGGUGUCGCAGCUGCGGCUGGAGGCCAGCAUCAACAGGGUGAAGGUCUCUCAGGCAGCCGCUGACCUGAAGCAGUUCUGUAUGCAAAAUGCACAACACGAUCCCUUACUAACUGGAAUUUCCUCAAGCACAAAUCCUUUCCGACCCCCGAAAGUUUGCUCUUUCCUGUAAAUUGUAUUUUCGCUCUAUGAUUAACUUUAGCUGGAUCGCAUUUUGUCAGGAGUGGCUUGGUUUGACCCUGUACAAGACUUCACCCCCGGGACGUGCCAAGUUUCC